UUUUGUGUAUUCCUUAGGAGUAGUUUUUAAUGCGUGCAUUGUGUAGUGCGAAUGAUUGAAUUCACCAUUAAAUUUUCCCGAAUAUUCCUGGUGCCAUAUUUAUACUAAUUGUAAGUUCGUAUCUCGCUAUUAAUGAUGGAAGCAUUAAACAUAUAUAAGCGGCUUCGGAUAACAGAGUGCGGAUGUCCAGCAGCAUCACAGAGGCAGCCGCGAUCGAUUGUCUUGCCGAAGGUCCAGCCGAAAAACGGCGUCUCGUUGUCGACAAUCACAACCACCACCGGCCGCAUCUUCAACGGCAAACCGAGCCGAAGGGGCGCAUGGCCUUGGCAGGUGUCCCUUCAGUUAUUGCAUCCGAAACUGGGCUUUAUCGGUCAUUGGUGUGGCGGUGUGCUGAUUGAUCCUAAAUGGGUGAUAACCGCCGCCCACUGCAUUCACAACGAAUUGUUCAAUUUACCCAUCGGUGCGUUAUGGACGGCGGUGGUCGGCGAAUGGGAAUUGGAUUCAGGUGGACGCGGAUCCGCACGCUUGCCCGUCGAGAAAGUGAUCCUCCAUGAGAGAAGUUCUGAAAGAAAUCUUGCUAUUACAGCCUUGAUGAAACUCGCCAGGCCGGCGCCUUUGUCCAAGGUCGUCCGUACUAUCUGCCUUCCUGGUCCCGGACAAGAUCUCAGUGAAGGACAAUGCGUGACCUCCGGCUGGGGCCGAUAUGGUCCCUCGCCUUCACUCUCCACUGCUCUUUUGGAGGCCAGUAUCCCGCUUCUAAAUCUGGAAGAGUGCCUGCAAGCCUAUGGUACCUCGGUACCCAUUAGAAAAGGCCACCUCUGCGCCGGUCAGAUUGACGGUUCCUCCGGAAGCUGCGUGGGUGAUUCUGGAGGACCUCUGCAGUGUCGUCGUACCGACGGUGUUUGGCAGCUAGCUGGUGUCACAUCUUUCGGAUCCGGUUGUGCCAGACCAGGCUACCCAGAUGUAUACACUAAGAUACAACAUUACCUGCAUUGGAUCAACAAAACAAUCGAUGCAAACAAUGACGAGCGGAGAUGAAAUUUGAUCGUGUAAAUAACAGUAAUCAGACGAUGGAAGUCAGAGACAUUGAUUUACAAAGGACACACGUGACACACUGUGAGAACAUAUUCGAUUACUUGGAGCUUAAUUAGCCUCAAUUAUUAAUUACAGGUAUGUGCAUUGAGUUCCGUUGUGUGGGUGUUGUGUAUUCCAAUAAUUCAUAAAGCAAAUAACAAAGAGUAUAGUAAGUUACAGACAUUCCCAAAGGCAUUCCGCACAUCUCUGACGAUAUUUGAAUGUCUCACUGGUUUAUUUAUAUGUACAACACAACUACAGUAUAAAUGUUGAAUGUAUAUCGCUCAUUUGCAACAAUAAUCACACAACUAAAAAAUGAAGUCUUUCCGAAAAUAAAAUUGA